UAACACAAUGAAAAACAAAGUCACACGCAGUACUAUUAAUGACAGGAUUCCCAGAAGCACCACCACUGCUGGAGAGCUUUAGGUUUUAGAAGAUGGGGUGGUCUAGCAUUUGGUUCUUAGCCAAACUGUUUCUAACACUAUGGCUUUCUACUGUCAACGGUGCAGUGAGAUAUUGUGAUUUCCCAAAAAUAAGCCAUGGGAUACUACAUGAUGAAAAGAAAUACGAAGCAUUUCCCCCUGUUCGUAGUGGGAAGGUUUUCUACUACUCAUGUGAAUAUAAUUUUGUGUCUCCUUCAAAUUCCAUCUGGACCCGCAUAACGUGCACAGACUCAGGAUGGUCACCAACACCAAAGUGUCUGAGGGUAUGUUUCUUUCCUUUUGUGGAAAAUGGUAAUUCUACAUCUUCAGGACAAACACACUUACAAGGUGAUAUUGUACAAGUUGUUUGCAAUGAAGGCUACAACCUUCAAAAUAAUCAGAGCACCAUCGAGUGUACUGAAGAGGGCUGGUCCAUUCCUCCCAAAUGUGUAUCCACCACAGGGAAAUGUGGGCGCCCUCCACCUAUUGUCAAUGGAGACAUCACCUCUUUCCCAUUGCCAGAAUAUCCACCAUCAUCAUCAGUAGAAUACCAGUGCCAGUUCUUGUACCAACUGCAGGGUAGUAAGAAUAUAACAUGUAGAAGUGGAGAGUGGUCAGAACCACCAAAGUGUUUAUUACAUAUUUCCUGUGUGAAUCCACCAUAUGUGGAAAAUGCUGUUAUAGUAACAAGGCCCAUGGAUAAAUAUCCAUCUGGUGAGAGAGUACGUUAUGAAUGUAAUAAACCUUAUAAACUAUUUGGCGAAGUAGAAGUGAUGUGUCAAAAUGGGAUUUGGACAGAACCACCAAAAUGCAAAGGAAAUUGUGGGCCCCCUCCAACUAUUGACAAUGGAGACAUCACCUCCUUGCCAUUGCCAGAAUACCCACCAUCAUCAUCAAUUGAAUAUCAGUGCCAGUCCUUGUACCAAUUGCAGGGCAACAAGAAAAUAACAUGUAGCAAUGGAGAGUGGUCAGAGCCACCAACAUGUUUAAGUGCAUGUGUAAUAUUAGAAGAAAUCAUGGAAAGACAUAACAUAACUUUAAGAUGGAAAGAAAGGCAAAAGCUAUAUAUUCCAUCAGGGGAUGAUGUUGAAUUCCAGUGUAAAUAUGGAUAUAAACAGAUAAAAACAUCAACUCCAUUCCGUACAAAGUGCGUUGAUGGUCACAUCAAUUAUCCCAGUUGCUCAAAAUCACGUUCUUGGUUCAGCGGAUGAAUGAACCUUUGUUUGGAAAUAUGCAUGCAUGUUACUACGGUAGUUUCAGUUUCAGUUUGAAUUAUUGUUUAACUCAUUUCUUCUCAUAAGUAUAAACUUGUGGUGGUAUAUGAUGAUUAAUUUGGAGCCUAAGAGACCACUGCUACAAAUGCAAAGCAGUGCAUUCAAAACUCUUAAAGCAGAAUGUGCUGUGUGCUAGCACAAAAACCAAUGGUAAUAAAAGAGAUGUAACUUCUUAGUGUCUGUUUCUACCCAUCAUUUUUCAAAAUCUCUCCAAUCUUCUUCAGGACAUUUUGAUCUAAGGUUCUGAUUCCUGGUGAACAGAGGUCAUAUUGUUUCAUCUUCAAAUUAGUAUUAUCUCACAAAUAUGUAAUAAUCAAACUGUCAUGCUUAACAUGACAUGUUUAUAUAUAAAAUUAACAUGAAUAUAAGUAAUUGCCAAAUACUACUUUUAUGUCAAUAAACAAAGAGAAGAACA